AGAAAGUAUGGCGAGCCCAUGUCGUUUACCGGCGCCGGGUCCGUAGUCUCGCCCUAGAGCACGAGUAGCUGUGUGCAUCAAUAACGGAGGCUUUAGGCGCGCUCGGUGCCAGCAUGAUGUCUUCGCAUGGAGUGUGGCUGAUAAACUACAAAAGCCUGCCGUUCCUCUGUCUCUAGACGCUCUGGAAGCCACGCCGCUGUCAAAACCCUACUACUGUCCUUACCACCCACGCUACCCGUAUUGUCGCAGUCAAGAGCCUCCCUGCCCUCUGACUCGCUUCCCACCCUCCAACAUGACGUACACCAUCGUCCUCUUCAUCACGCGCAACCACGACCUUACCUCGGAAGAGUUCAGAGAUCACUAUGAGCACACGCACGUUCCCCUGGCCCAUUCGCUGCUCGCCUCCUGCUGGCCGAUCGAUUUCAAACGUCGCUAUCUCGCGCGGAUAUCGCGGAAAGGGUUCGGAGGACCGGCAAACCCCGACCGACCGCCUCUAAUGCUAAGGGGCGAGAUGAACGAGCUGGACUGUGACUGCAUUGCAGAAAUGACGUUUGACAGCGAAGCCCGCUUCCAAGAAUUCUACCGAAAGAUCUACGCCCCGGAGAAUGCAGCCAAACUAGCAAGAGACGAAGAAAAGUUCCUGGAAAAAGGAAAAACGAGGGUCAUUGUCGUUGGCGAGACCUGGAGUACGGACGAACACGGCGUCUCGACAAGGGAAAUAGGCUACGUUCGCAAGGACGAGAGGUCCGACAGCGAAACCAGUGGUAGCGGCCAGAGUUGAAUCAAGAGACGGAUGCACACAUGCGACCCGGAAAUACCAGUCGACGCCCAGCAUGCGAUGGAGUCGAGGUAUUUGCGUUAGGCGCAGGACCAUAGUCGUGCUUCCGACCAUAAUGAUCGGCGUUCAAUAGUUUGGGAGAGGGGCUGGCGCUGCGCGCUACUAGGAACCCGUUCGCGCUGCGGGUAGGAGUUCACCGGUUUGCUUCCUCAAGCUUUUGUCAGAUACCAUGUCUUGCGACUUUGUGGCGCAUUUGGACGAGCUCGAUGUUGGUCGAGAGUAAAUUGGAUUAAUCAAAAUGAAGACAUAUUUCAUUCGUUUU